UUUGCUGUAAAAUGUCAUUCAUCUGUCACUUGUGUGCUGUCUUGGCAGGUAGUUCGCGCUAGAAAAUACCUAGAAAACUGGAUCUUUGAAAGUUAUGGCCACGCAUUAGAGCAUAACUCUAACAAAUAGUUGUUUUAAAACAGUCGUAGACGUCCACACUGAACUAAUUCAUCAUACUUUGUAUGUAGUGGCAUUACAAACUAAUAGAAGUUAAAACAGAAACCAUGACUUCUAAUGAGGGCCGAGCUCAAUCAAACUUGCAUCAGCAAGAUUUAUCAAAACUAGAUGUCACAAAAUUAUCAGCUUUGUCACCUGAAGUUAUAUCCAGACAGGCUACUAUUAACAUUGGUACCAUAGGCCAUGUAGCUCAUGGAAAAUCUACAGUAGUAAAAGCAAUUUCUGGAGUGCAGACUGUUAGAUUCAAGAAUGAAUUGGAGAGGAAUAUUACUAUUAAAUUGGAGCGCCUGAACGACUCAGUCCUAAGAAUAUACCAUCAAAGAGCAGAUGAAAGAGACGAAAGUAAUUUUUUUGAAAAAAUUAAAAAAGCUAAAAAGAGAAAUUUACUUCCUGACUUGGAGAAAACUCUUGGAAAACCACCAAAUAAAAAACAAAAAAAACAAGAACCAGAAGAGUUCAUUAUAGAAAAAAUUAUAGAUUUCAAGUUUAAGUUUGGCAAAGAAAUGUUUUAUAUUAAAUGGAAAGGCUGGAAUGAUAGUGAAAACACGUGGGAACCAAUUGAAAAUCUUGAUAACUGUCCUGAUGUACUAAAUGAAUUUGUGAGAAAUAAAGAGUUGAAACAUUAUGAUCAAAUGGAAAAACUGAAGGAAGAAAUCUCUUUUGAUAAUUUGCUUGGUGAACAGAAUCUCAUCAAUAGAAUUGAUGAGAUUGAAGAAUCAGAUCUAACAAAACUAAAAUCAAACCUAUUCCUUAAGUUGCUAUCUAUGAUAAAUUUAACAGAAGAAGAGGAGCUUCACGUAUCUGAUCUUGUUCAAGAUGCAAGGAAUCUCUUACAACUGUAUGUUUCAACAAGAAGGCGAUGUCGUCAAUUGAUGGCACUCAGAGAUUGGGAAGACUAUUUAAAUCAAGUUGAUAAAUCUAAAAAGCUUUGUGUGGAAAAUGAUGUUGAUCUUACUGGGCCACCAGAAAACUUUACAUACAUAAAUGAGUCAAUACCUGGUGCUGGUGUGACUAUUCCAAAUGAACCGCCCAUAGGCUGUGAAUGUGUAGCCUGCAAUUGUAGAUCAAAGUCAUGUUGUGGUAUGCAAGCAGGUUUAUUUGGCUACACUGUCCAUAAAAGACUCCGGGUAGCAUCAGGAACACCAAUAUAUGAAUGUAACAAGGCAUGCAAAUGUUCCUCAGAAUGCAACAAUCGUGUAGUUCAAAAAGGCAGAUAUGUUAAACUCACCAUAUUUAGAACACCUAAUGGUUGUGGAUGGGGUGUCAGGACUGAACAGAAGAUCAAACAGGGUCAAUUUUUAUGCCAAUAUGUGGGUGAAGUAAUAACAUUUGAGGAAGCAGAAAAACGAGGAAGAGAGUAUGAUGCAAAUGGGUUGACCUAUUUAUUCGACCUAGAUUUUAACUCUUGUGAGAAUCCUUACGUGGUAGAUGCAUGUAAUUUGGGAAAUGUAUCACAUUUUAUAAAUCAUUCAUGUGAUCCGAACUUAGGUGUGUGGGCAGUAUGGGCAGAUUGUCUCGACCCAAACCUACCAAUGCUAGCUUUAUUCGCAACAAAGGAUAUUGAAGCUGGUGAAGAAAUAUGUUUUGAUUAUUUACAAAAGUGUAAUGACAGUGAUGAUGAGCUAACCAACAAUCCUAUUUUACCCAAGGAGACAAUUGAGGAGGAAGAUGCCUGUAUUCCGAGUGCUUCAGAAGCAAAUACUGCCACACCAUCUGUAUCUCCCAUUAAGUCUCGAUUCGAAAUACAACAACAGAAUAUAGCAUUGCUUAGAAACCGUACUGAAUGCAAGUGUGGAUCUAUUAAGUGCAGAAAAUAUUUAUUUUAAUGUUUAAUUUUAUAACGAUCCUACGGAAGUUAAACAUUGUUUAAAACACAUGUUAUUAUGUUGCAUGUUCUUAAAUAGCUCCCAUGGCAGUUAACAAUAUACCAUAAUUGGUUGUUUCAUAAUGUUAAAAAAUAUUGUUUUGUAAAAAUGUUUAAGUUCUUUGUGGUAAUGUCUAUAUAUUCUUUGAUGUUGCAUAUUGUACUAAAUUCUUAUUAUGAAUGUUCUUUUUUCAUUCGAAUUGCAAGUUUAUGGAUAUAAUGAAUUUUGUUGUUUCAUAAAGUACUAUCACACAACGCCAAAAACCUUGAUGUUGUGUUGUGAAACUUGUUGAAUCAGUAGUGUAAUUUCUCAGUAGGGUUUAUUAAGUUUGUAACUAAAAAUGAAAAGCAGGCUUCUGAAUUUCUCAAACACAAUGUUGAGUGGCAAUUUGCAAUUCCCGUUAAGAAAUACUCCUAUCUUAUAUUCUUAGUACUUAUUUUCUUCAUAAUAUUCAAAUUGAGUCAAAUAAUGCCAGAAUAUUUUAUAAAUGAACAGAUAAAUUGAAUGCUUUGAAUUCUUUUAUGAAAAUUUUGAUAGAAAAGCAAAACUAAAUCCAAAACGCAUUCAAGAGGUAAAGUAUUGCUUUGAAAUAAUUUUAAACUUUCAACAAAGAAAAAUAGAUAUGGUACCCCACUGAAGCUUACAAUCCAAGGUCAUUCUUAGAAAACAUCUACAACUCUUUUUUUAAAUUUUCUUAAUACUUCAAUAAACUCUUGAUUUCAAAAGUUGUUGACAAAUAACGAGUGCAACAUUGCACGGUUGAUAUUGUCAAAUUAUCUGAUUUUAUCUGUCUUAAAAAUUACAGAUGUAUUAUUUAUAUACAGGUAUUGUUAGCAAAAUUAUGGGUGUAUCGCUCGCAUCUGUUUAUAAAAGUCGCGUUCUCAAUUAUUUGAAUGCCAUAUAGCUCAGGUUACAUUCAAACAAUUGAGAAGUUGGUUAAAUCGAGUUUAGUAUUUUUAGUUGCAUACAAAACUAUUAUUAAGUGGUUAAUAAACAGAUAUACACACUAAACCUAAUACAAUUAAAUGAAAAUAUUAGCUUGCCUGUUAAAUUAAUAAAUUAUUUAAGAUUGUUACAAAACCCUCUUGCAAUUUAUGAUCCUUUUUAGGAAGAAGCUCUACAAGUAAAUAUUAUUAGUCUGUGCCUUAACAUUGUAUUAUGGUGCCUUAACAUUAUAUACACAUAUGCUGACAUUUGUUUGUUAUGUAUGAUACAUAUUAAGGAUUUUAUAGGAAAUGUUGAGAGCUGAAGUAUUUAAAUACUGAUAUAUUGACCUAAAAUUAAUUAGUUUUAAGAUAUAGGUAUUAAAAUAGUAUUUUUCUAUUUCUCUUUUUAAUGACAUUAAAGGAAUAGUUUUAUUAUAAUAUUUACAUUAUUAGAUUGUUACUAUAGUAUACAUAAGUUGUUAAUUAUGAAUGAAGAGAUGUCUUUAAAAUCUCACCCCUUAUAUUAAUUUUUUUUAAGUUGCGUUCAGACUAACAAUUUAUACAAUACAUACUUACGGAAUAUAUAUAUAAUUUGACAUCAACCAAAAUCGCAAUUAGAUUUUACUGUUUCAAGCACCUAUUGUAAAUAUUUGUUACAAAUUAAAUUUAAGUAAUUAUAUAUGUAUUUCGAAGCAAUUAUCUCUUAUCAAUUAAAAAGCUUAUAUUUCUGAAAGAUAUUAGAAAACUUUUAAAUUUUUAUCUGUCUGAUUGUCUGGGGCGGCUUGACCGAUUUUGAAAAAACUUUUACAGGCAUUUAGAGUGUUUCUCCCAUCAUCAUCAUUCUAGCUAAAUUUUCUAGGUUUCUCACAUAAGAGUUAAAAAAAUGAUCUAAUGUGCUUUAAAAUGUAGCAGGUUAUUAUGUACAUUAUAAUUUAAAUUGAAUAAUCAAUAAAAUUUCUAUGAAAAUGA